CCUGGGAAGAUGCUCCUGCUCUGUGUCCUGCUGAGCACCGCCCUGUCCCCCAGAACUGAGGCAGGGGAGAUCAUCGGGGGACACGAGGCCAAGCCCCACUCCAGACCCUACAUGGCCUAUCUGCAGUACUUUAAAGAGAAAUCUUAUAAGCUAGCCCGGUGUGGUGGUUUCCUGAUCCGAAAGGAUGUGGUGAUGACGGCUGCUCACUGUCAUGGCAGCAUGAUGAAUGUGACCCUGGGCGCCCACAACAUCAAACAGAAGGAGGAGACUCAGCAGGUGAUUCCCGUAGGCGAAGCCAUCCCUCACCCAAAGUAUGAUAAAAAGUACUUCUCUAACGACAUCAUGUUGCUGAAGCUCAAGAGUAAGGCCAAGAUGACUAAGAACGUGAAGCUCCUCAAACUUCCUCGGUCCAGGAACAAGCUGCGGCCAGGCCUGGUGUGCAGUGCGGCUGGCUGGGGGAGGAUGGAGCCGACGGGAAAGUUUUCCGAGAAGCUGCAGGAGGUGGAGCUGGAGGUGCAGGCAGAUGAGAAGUGUGAACUCAGGUUUAAAGACUACUACAAACCUGACACUCAGCUGUGCGUGGGGAAUCCCAAGACAGAAAAGGCCAUAUUUAAGGGAGACUCCGGGGGCCCCCUCGUGUGCAAGAAUGUGGCCCAGGGCAUCGUCUCCUAUGGUAAGAAAUAUGGAUUACCACCUCAGGUCUACACCAGAAUCUCCAGUUUCAUGCCCUGGAUAAAGAGCACUCUGAGAAAGAUGUAA